UUUGAAUCUACAUUUGAUCUAGUGCUACCACAACCUCUUAUUUGAAUAGAAGGCUAAAGGUGAAAGAACCCGCACAGACUCUUGUGUGACGCUAUCUGGUCCCCUAUACAAAGGUUGAUGGAUAAAACAUGGAUCGAUAAUGAUGCUAGGCACAGCAAGGCAUAUUUGCAAGGAGUGAAUGGUUUCUUAGCUUUUGCAUUUAGAAAUUCAGCAGUAGGAAGUAAGAUCUUAUGCCCCUGUAGAAAGUGUGUCAACUCAUUUUGGAAAGAGGCAAGUGAAGUACGUGAGCACUUGAUAUGUGAUGGGUUUCUUAAAGGGUACAUGAUAUGGAACUUACAUGGAGAAGCUAGCUCUUCCGUGAAUCAUGGGAACUAUGACGAUGCUGAGGUUAUAGAGGAGCCUAACAAAGAUGAUGACAUAUCUGGUUUGCUUAGAGAUUUAACUGCUGGUUUAGAUGAUAAAGGUGAUUUUGAGGACAAUAGUUCCAUUAUUGGGUGUUGUGAUGAGCUAGCGGCCAUUGAAAAAUUGGUAGGAGAAAACAGAAAAGAGUUGUAUCCUAAUUGCAAGAAAUAUACACAGCUGUGUUUCCUAGUUAGAUUGCUUCACAUCAAACUCCUUGGAGGAUGGACUGAUAGAUCUAUGAACCUGCUGCUAGAUCUACUUAAUGAUGCACUCCCCGAGGGUUCAACAUUACCUAAGAGCUUUUAUGAAGCUAAGAAAUUGGUGAAAUCUAUAGGAAUUGGAUACAACAGUAUUCAUUCAUGUGAAAAUGAUUGUAUUCUUUAUUCGAAGGAUAAUGCAAAAUUGAAUUCAUGUCCAAAAUGUAAGGUUUCACGUUGGAAAUCAACAAGGAAGAGUCUAGAUGGGAAACAUAUAUACAAGGUUCCUAGAAAGGUUCUCCGCUAUAUUCCAAUAACAAGAAUGCUCCAAAGGCCAUUCAUGACCCCUAAUAAAACAUCUAGAGUUUGCAGCAGAUAG